CGCGAAGCCGCCGAGCCGCACCCUUCCAGCCCAGCUCCUCCGCCUGCUCCUCCCGGCCCAGGUGGGGGGUUGUCCCGCUGCAGCCUUUGCUCCCAGCUUUCAGAGCCGCGGGGACUGUCACUCCUCCGCACCGCGCGCAGCAUGGCGCGCCGGACCGCCCUUCUGCUGCUGCUCCUCGGCCUGCUCGCCCUUCUGGUGGCCGCCGCGGGUGAUGAUUUGAACCUUGCUGACGCUCUUGGUGGUGAUGAAAACAAGAAAUCCACUCCGACCCCCAAAAGGCCCAGCCCCGGGGACGAUUUAAACUUAGAAGACGCUCUUGGUGAUGGAGGAAGCCAUGACCCAGCUAACCCGCCGAAACCCAAGCCAAAACCGAACCCCAACCAACCGGAUUCCUCUGAUGGCUUUUCAGAUUCUGAUCUUGCUGAUGGACUUCCAGGUGGAGAAGGUGGUGGAAGCCCCAGGAGUGACGAGGAACAACAAGCUGACUCCCCUGGCAUGAUCUCCGGAAUCGUGGGGGCCGUGGUGGUCGCCGUGGCUGGAGCCAUUUCCAGCUUCAUCGCUUACCAGAAAAAGAAAAUGUGCUUCAAAGAGAACGUGGAGCAAGGCGAUGUGGACCUGCAGAACCAUCGGAACACCAACGCAGAGCCACCUGUUCAACAGACUCUCUUAGAGAAGUAGAAGAUGGUCUGAAAAGCAGCGCUGACUGGGAUCCUAACACCUGCUUCAGGCUCCUCCGGAAAUACACCUGCCAGAGGGGCGACACACGAGGCCUUUCUGUUGAUUUUCUGUGUUAAUCUUGAGACGCCUUUGCCAGCUGUCUCCAGGCAGACGAUGUUUACUAACGAUGAGUUUUACAUCCAAGAGGGGCCUUGUACGCAACGUUCUCCAAGGCCCUUGGGGGACUUCCCAUGUGAUGUGAAGAGCUGACCCUUAUAAAGUCCCCAUACUUUGAACAUCAGCCCCUCCCCAAGGUACCACCACUUGGAAGUCUGGGCCACUCAUGGAUUACGCCUACCUUGAAACUUCCAUGGUAGCAUCAACUUUUUUUUUUUUUUAAUUGGUGUUAAAUAUAAGGCAAGCCUUCCAUCAGUUUUCUUCAACAUCUCUUUCAUUUGUGAGGAUAUAUAUUUUUUUUCAUACCAGGCUAAUAAAAAAGAAUUUGGAAACCAAGUUACUUUUUUUAUGUAGAUGUUUUAUGGCAGGGUCGGAUUUUGGAGACAGCUGUGGAGUUUAGUGGGAGCUAUUCUAAGUUCCUUUCCCUGGGGCUCGAAGACACAUGAACGGCCCUGGCACUUCAGUUUCUGAGGUUUCUUCUUUGGGCCUUUUCUUUUUAUCUGUCACGUGAGGUCAGGUCCUCCUUCAGGUCUAAAUACUCGGUUCUAUGGAGAUACAUUCCUCUACCCAGAUACUCCCUGAAUCCAGAUUCUCUCCGGAUCAAGAUUCUCUCCUCCAGCCAGAUACUCCCUGCAUCCAGAUUCUCCCUACAUUCAGGCACUUCUUGCAUCGAGAUUCUCACUACACCAGAUACUCCCUGCAUCCAGAUUCUCUCUACAUUCAGCUACUCCUUGCAUCCAGAUUCUCACUACACCAGAUACUCCCUGCAUCCAGAUUCUCCCUACAUUCAGAUACUCCUUUCAUCGAGAUUCUCUCUGCAUCCAGAUACUCCCCAUAUCCAGAUUCUCCCUACAUCCAGACACUCCCUGCAUCCAGAUUCUCCCUACAUUCAGAUACUCCUUAUAUCCAGAUACUCCUUACAUCAAGAUUAUCUGUACGAUAGAUACUCCCUGCAUCCAGAUUCUCCCUACAUUCAGAUACUCCUUACAUCAAGAUUCUCCCUACACCAGAUACUACCUGCAUCCAGAUUUUCCCUGCAUCAAGAAACUCCUUACAUUGAGAUUCUCCCUGCAUUCAGAUACUCCCUGCAUCCAGAUACUCCUUACACUGAGCUUCUCUCUACAUUCAGAUACUCACUGCAUCCAGAUUCUCCCUGUACCCAGACACUCUAUAUCCAGAUUAUCCCUACAUUCAGAUACUCCCUGCAUCCAGAUUCUCCUUGCAUCCAGAUAGUCCUCUGAAUCAACUUUAUCCCUACAUCCAGAUAGUCCCUGUGUCCAGUUAUUUCUCUGAAUCCAGAUUUUCUCUAUUCCAGAUUCUCCCUGGAUUCAGAUACUCCCCUGUGUCCUCUUGGGUUUCCUGUAGGUUGAACGCUACAUACUUGCUAGCUAUGUGUACUGUCCUUCCACAGGUUGAACGGUUCUGACAUGAGAGCUGGGCUCAACAAGUGAAACUGCUUUGUAGACGAGGACAUCCUUCUGUACUCCCUGGUGGGGUCGAAGUAAGUGAAAGCCAAGGGUUGUUCUCCCCCCUGCCGUCAGUUAAGACUUUUCCCCAUCUAGGGCAGCGACAGCCUACAGGCUGCCCCCAGGGCUUUUUUCUGUGCAAGCUGGGAGAGGGCUCUGCUUGGAUUCAGGGCUAAUCUUAUAAAGUGUAAAAGCUCCAAUAUGCCAAACAAGAUUGAUGUGUCAUCCAUAAACUCACCUCUGCUGAAAAAUGAGGGUGUCAUCAUUGUGUCCCCAGCAGCAUGGGCAGAAUAAUGUAAACCUCUUAAAGUCAUCAUCCCAGGAAAAGUGGUUUCAUGGAGAAGCUUCGCCGUGUCUCCGUUAAGAGCUACCACCUGCCGCAAAGGCUGAGUUUCACGUGAAUCUCUGUCUGCACAGAGAUGGGGUGUGUUCAUACCUCUGUGCGCUCCCAGCACAAAUCACCUGACUUGCGGACAAGGUGGCUCAGAGGUGCCAGCUGUGAAUUAUGGAUCUUCUCAUGUCUGUGCUCAGAAACUGUGCUAGUAGUUUUAGGGAUUGGCACCCAAGCCGUCCCUGUGCUCACUGCCUCACCAGCUGGACGUCUGGCUUUGGGACAGUAUUGUACCCACUUUGUGCCUCAUCGUCACUCAGCUAAACAGACACAUCACCAGGUCUCAGGGGGCCACUCAGCUCAGAUGUCAGCAAGGCACUUGUCACAAGCCACCUGGGAGGCAGCUGCACCGGCUGCCUGGUUUGGUAUUGUUCUUAGGCUAACAAUGUCUUUGUAUGUCUAAAUCAAUUUUAAAACUGAAAAGAAUGGGGUGAUCCCUGUGGUUCGAGGAGUAGGGCGCCGGCCCCAUUAUUCUGGAGGUGGAGGGUUCAAACCUGGCCCCAGCCAAAAAGUAUAUUAAAAA